AUGUCGUCAUCACCGCCACAGGAAAUCUCUCCACCGUCUCCUCUCCAACCGUCAGUAAUCAACGUUACAACUCCGCCGUCAUCCUUUCCCCUAUUUCCACCAACAAAUGCAAGUUCUGAACCGGAUCCAUCAUCACCGGUUCAAACUCGAUCCGGUAAUAAUAAUAAUAAUAACUCUGCAUUGGUUUCUCUUGAAGUUGGAAUCGGCAUUGGCGGUGCGGUUGUGCUCGUGUUUGUUGCUGUUUUUGUUGUGUGGUACAAGAGGCGGAAUACACGACGUUGUGCCGCAGCUGCGGAUGAUCAGUUAGGGUUUAAAGAUGGCCUUGGCGGUGCACCUCAAAACUGGCAACAUAAUGUUCCUCCAUCAAGGGAAAAUACGAAUGGAUUGCCUCCAAAGUUCAAUAAUUCGCCAUCUAAUUUUCAGUUAUCUUCAUUUAGUUCUUCAGUCGUUCCUCAACCACAUUCAACAAGCAGUGCAGGCUCUGAGAAGCCCAAUCCAACUAACAUGGCUUAUGGAAACAAUAAGACUGUAUUUACAUAUGAAGAGUUAGCAAAUGCAGCUGAUGGCUUCUCACAAGCCAAUCUUCUUGGUCAAGGUGGUUUUGGGUAUGUUCAUAAAGGAAUCCUUCCAAAUGGAGAAGUAGUUGCCAUUAAACAAUUGAAAAUUGGAAGUGGACAAGGCGAAAGUGAAUUUCAGGCUGAGGUUGCUACCAUUAGCCGUGUUCAUCAUAAACAUCUCGUUUCAUUGGUUGGAUACUGCACUUCCGGGCUUCAGAGGAUGUUAGUUUAUGAGUUUGUUCCGAACAACACUCUGGAGUUCCACCUCCAUGGUGGGUAA